UCGGGUUCAUCUGUUUUGUUUUGCUUUCCUGCUUUGGUGCAGAAUCGACAAUCGAUUGAAGGCCAGUUUUCCUUCGACCUCUCCAAUCUCUGACUGUUUGGUCUCUUCAAGGGAGGAAGAAGCCGUGAAGAAAUCAAGUAAUUGAUUGUUGGUAAAUACUUCCAAUACUCAGGCUCGUGUAGCGAAGAGGGUGAUGAAUAGCAUAAAAGCAGAGAAGAGCAAAGACGGCAUCGCAUAAAAUGGGUAUAAAAAUCAGUGUAUUUGAAAUCAAAUCGCACAUCAAAACUUUCCUUUCAUCGUCGCUGCUUGCUUGCUGUCGUCAUCGUCGAUGCAAGUCUCCUUAUUCUCCUGCAUUGCAUCUGUCAAACCAAACCCUAAUUAAGCCUAGGUGAAAGAAGAUGAGCAAGUCUUCUGCAGGGGAAGGUUCAUCCUCAAAAGCGAAAGCUGGACCCUCACAGACGGCAGAAACUUCAUUUAAGCGCAAGCGUGGAGUCUUCCAAAAAGAAUUGCAGCACAUGAUGUAUGGUUUUGGAGAUGAUCCCAAUCCUCUUCCAGAGAGUGUGGCUCUCAUGGAGGACAUUGUGGUUGAAUAUAUUACAGAUCUGUUACAUAAAGCCCAAGAUACUGGAUCAAAUAGGGGAAAGCUAUCAGUGGAGGAUUUUCUCUACCUAAUCCGCAAGGAUUCUCCAAAACUUAACCGCUGUAAAGAAUUGCUGUCUAUGAAUGAAGAGCUAAAGCAAGCAAGGAAGGCUUUUGAGACAGAUGAAGAGAACCUGCGGAAAGCUUUUGAGGCGGAUGAUGAUAAACUGGGAUCAACAGAAUAAUAUUUUUUGGGGCAUCUGUUUAACUUUCCUACAGAUUAGUAUCUUCUUUACGCCUAUGAUUUUGCUGUACAUCGUAUGUUUGGUUAAACAAAUCUGACUAUGAUGCCUAAAAUUAAUUCCAUACUUACACACAGUUGGUUUGAUCCCUACCGCACUA